CAGUCCUCUCGUCAGUGCCACGUGCGGCAUAUACAGCCGAAAGUGUCAAACGGAAGUCAAGUGUUUCAGUUUCCUGUGUUUUUUUCGGAAAAAUGCAAGCGUUUUAACUGCAAUGUAUCGCGCGUAUUAAUGUUAACUGCAGAAAUAAUUAUCGAAUUGUCGAUUUUGUCACCAUCAUUGAUCAAACGGUAGAUGAAUGAGAAUGAUAUCGAUCUGGUCAACAGAUAAUUAAUUAUCAACACGCUGUAAUUUUAUAAUUGUGAAUAGCUAUAUGUUCUUCAAAUAACACAUAGUUUCUCCAGAUACGCAAAGCAAUUAAUAAAUCACGAAUGAUACUGAUGAGAAAUAUCGAAGACACUGGACGAUCAAGAUGGAUCUCUGCAAACAGUACAAGUUUCUACAUAUACUACCGAGGCUUACUAAACGAAUUGUUUGGUCCUGGCAAGCCGGAAAUGGAACGGUAUUCCAGGUGCCGGAGAAUGAUCUGCAUUCACCGACCGGAUGUCUCAUCGAAUUGAUAAACCUCUCCGUCGCUAUUUUCACCGCGCUUGUUGCCGCAAUUUUAAUUUUUAAAUAUAAAUGCAGCACGGCUGGCAAGCUUUCUAAGUCGCUGUUGCCACUUCAUGUAGGCAGGACUUUACUUUGUAUACUGUUACUGUUAAUUCUCUUAUUGGAACUGUGCGAGUCCGUACUGACGUCGAUUUCACUGUCGUCGAUCGUAACGAUAACUGCUGUAUUAUUUUGUUGGAUAUUACAUCGCGAAACCGAGAUCAGAGAUGGUUUCGGCACCGCCGUGUCGGGAGGUGGAUUUACGAUAAUCGGUCUCACGCGGGCAUGGAAGUUUUUGUACUUAUCCAGAUUCGGCUUGUCCAUUCGAUACGUUCGCGUUGCCACGACGGGGGCCACCGCCGCUUGUUGCGGAUUGCUAGCUAUUAUCGAUUCUUACACCCUUUAUCGUAUGAUGCAGAAGAGCCGGCGGUACACCGUUAAAAGGCCCGAUAACGCGCGGAACUCCUACGUGCACUCCACCUCGCCGUUCGUCAGCAGGAUCACCUUCCACUGGGUGACUGACCUGCUGCUGCGCGGCUAUCACACGCCGCUCGAACUCCUCGAUCUGGCGCAACUUCCUGACGAGGAGACCACGAGGAACCAGUUCGAACGUUUUCGCGUCGUUUACGAGGCCGAAAGGCUGCGAUGCCGCGGACGGAAAUUGUCCCUGUGGAAAUGUUUUUGGAAGCGGAUAUGGUUGACUUUCGCGGCGGGUAGCGUCUUGAAGCUGUUCGGCGACGCUAUGACUUUGGUGGGUCCCAUGACGAUUCCGAAGAUCAUUAAUUAUGCGUCAAAUUUGCAAAACAGCACCGCGACGAACGAAAGCUUUUCCUCGAAGGGAGUCCUGACAUUUUCCCAAAUUCUGAAGAAUGGAUAUUUCUUGGGGAUCUUAGUUUUUCUUGCUACCAUUUUGCAAAGUACGUUGAAGCAAGCCUCCACCCACGUGCUCUGCGUCGGAGGAAUACGUUUGCGAACGGCUCUCCAGGCAUUAAUUUACGAUAAGGCUCUUCGACUGUCUUCUUGGAGUAUCUCCGAGGAAGAAAAGCCAUCUGAAAAAGAUAAAGAGCAGCACUGCCAUCAGCAAGUAGCUGACGUUGGAACUUUGACGAAUCUCAUGGCCGAAGAUGUGUACAACGUAAUGAGUUUCUUCUGGAUCGUUCAUUACAUCUGGGCUGUCCCAUUGAAAAUUACCGCCAUCAUUUUCCUUCUGUACUUGAAACUGGGCAUCAGCGCGAUUAUCGCGGUAACUUGCUGCAUACUGAUCGUCACGCCGAUGCAGCUGCUCCUCGGGAAACGAAUGUCCGAAAAUUCCAAGUCCAUAGCGGAGAAGAGCGACGCGCGCCUUCGUCUACUUAAUGAAAUUUUUCAAGGGAUACGGCUCAUUAAGCUACGCGCCUGGGAGAAUCUCUUCAAAGAUCGCAUAUGGAAGACCAGGGAUCAGGAAUUAAAGCUGCUAAAAAAGGACUCUGUCUAUUGGGCGCUUAUCAACUUUCUGACACACGCCUUCUCCGUUCUGGUAACUCUCUUCACAUUCGGAAUUUAUUUCUGGUUGGAGGAACGAAAUCUUGAUGCGGGGAACGUUUUUGCCAGUCUCGCGCUCUUUUCGCAACUGACCGUGCCGCUCUUCAUCUUUCCGGUGAUAGUGCCGAUUAUCAUCAAUGCCAUGAUUUCUACAACGAGAUUAGAGGAGUUUCUCCAGCUUCCAGAGAUCGUGAAUAUUCUCCCCGAACCAGACGAUCAAAGAGCGACGGUAGAUGUGUUGCCAAAGGCAAAUUCAUACACCGAUAAUGACAAAGUAGAAGCGAUUAACAGCGUUGCAACUUUCGGAUCGCUGGACAAUAUUGUAGAGGACGAGGAAGAUCCACGGUCGAGUAUCUUGCGUGAAUUCGGUCUGCCAAUUGACUCAUCAAUCGAUACGGUAUUCGAGAAAGAUCCGGAAGUGCCGGAGUCUGUUCUUAAAGUCACACCGAGUACCUUCGCCUGGGGCUCUGACGAAAACACGUUGACGGUUGACGCUCUUAAUUUCCCGCGAGGACAACUGACGAUAAUUGUGGGAAAAACCGGAAGUGGAAAGACCUCUUUAUUGUUGGCGCUUCUAGGAGAGAUUCAGAAAACAAGCGGAAGCGUCGAAUGGCUAAAGGGUCUGAAGAUCGCCUACGUGGCGCGACAGCCGUGGCUCCAGAACGCGACCUUGAAGGACAAUAUUCUCUUCGGGUCUGCGUAUCGAUCGCGAAGAUAUCGCAACGUCUUACAGGCGUGCGCUCUUCAACCGGACGUGGACAUACUUCCCGGUCGAGAUCUGACCAGGAUCGGCGAGCGGGGUAUCAAUCUGAGCGGCGGCCAGAAGCAAAGGGUUACCAUAGCCCGAGCUCUGUACAGUGACGCCGAUGUCGUCCUCCUGGACAAUCCAUUGUCGGCGUUAGAUCAGCACGUCGGUCAGCAGAUUUUCGAUCACGGCGUGAGGGAGUUCCUGCUGAGAAACGGUCGAACGGUGAUUAUGGUCACUCACAAAUUGGAGCUGUUAUCGGCUGCUCAUCAGAUAAUUGUCAUGGACGGCUGUCGAGUUCGCGCGGUUGGAACGAAAUCCAGCAUCGAGAAUAUGGAUUCUGAAUUGGCGGCGGAGUGGCGAAUCGUGGAUUCAAGACGCCAGGACGACAAUCAAUUUCAAAAGACUGCCAAGGAUAGAUGGUCCCUAAUCAAAUUAGUCUACAGAAUCGGAAUGAGCAAAGCGAGAGGACACGUUAGCGACGGAUCAUGGAUCACCGAUCGCGAUGCCUACGUGAAUCCGCCAGCGUUCGUGCCUUUAAGGCUGCGCCGCACAACUUUAUCCGGCUCGAGGUACUGGAGUCACGUUCUCACGGAUCUUCUGGUAUCGGCGGAAGAAUGGGACACCGACAGGAAACGAUCGAGGAGGCAUUGCGGCAUCCUCAGAUUGACGAGCCUUCAAGCGGCAAAACGGCCGCCGCCGAUCUUCCGACAGAGCAGCACGCCGCUCAUUCUCGAGAAUCGACCCGUGCCACCGAGGAAAAGGACUAACACUUACAGCACUUGUGACAACGGACAAUCCAGCGGCAUGCUAAGGCAAUUCUUUUCUGCAAGGUACCCGGAUGAAAUGGCAGUGGGCAAAGACAAAAAUGUUCUGUCUCGACUGAUGCCAGGUUCUAACAAGAUUACUCAGCAGCGAGAUCAGCACCAUCAUCUCCCGGCGAAACGAUUGUUAUCGGUGGAAUCGCGGACUAGCAAUCAGAUGGAUGACGCGAAAGAAACUUUGAACGACGAGGACGUGGACGAACAGGGCGAACUCGAGGUCGAUGAUAAAAGUGGAAUGGUCAAUAGAAUGAUUUGGAUGGAGUAUCCGAAGGCCGCUGGAUGGAUACCGGGACUCGUUUAUGCGAUAGCAGCGCUGGCCUUCCAAAUCCUUCGCGUGUACACUGACUUCUGGCUGUGCGAAUGGAUGGAGGAAAGUGUUCAUACGCCGGCGAAUACGGUGUCCUACUUCACGGUGUACAUCAUCAUAUCCGUGGGCUCUAUUUUUUUAUCAAUACUCUACAAUGUGUCGGGUCAGUGGGUAGGUGUUAGAGCGAGACGGAAGUUGCAUCAAGAAGCUAUCGCCGGACUUCUCGGCGCGCCCGUCUCGUUCUUCGAAUGCAAUCUCAUUGGAAAGAUUCUGAGCAGGUUCAGCGCAGACAUGAGUGUCAUAGACAAGAAAAUGGCUACGGCAAUCAAGAGAUUAACGUCUUUUGUUUUACUCUGCGGCUCGGUGAUGAUCAUCAAUAUUAUUAUCUCGCCGUGGUUCUUAAUCACUGUUGUACCAAUUAGCUGCGCACACUACGCAUUGCAAAAAUUCUACAGGCGAGGCGCCAGGCAAUUGCAGUGUUUAGAUGGCAGUACGAGAGGACCGGUAGUAGCGCAUUUCUCAGAAACCUUGUCCGGCCUUUCAACACUGCGGGCAUUCAAGCAAGAGGAUCGCUUCAUGGAGGAAAUGAUGAAACGCCUCGAUAUAAACACCAACGCAUUUCUUAUUUUGAACACCAGUAGCAGAUGGUUUGGCACCGCAUUGGACUAUCUGGGCGCGGUUAUCGUGGUAGUAGCCAUCUCUACGGCAUUACUUUCUGCGGAGCUAUAUCCAAGCCGCGUAACACCCAGAUUAGUAGGCCUGGCAAUCAAUUAUACUCUCUUGGUACCGGUAUUGAACUGGAUGAUCAAGUUCAGCGCGGAAAUCGAGUUGUACAUGGGAAGCGUGGCCCGAAUUUGCGCGUACAGGAACGCGCAACCGGAGAAGCUUCACGAAAGCGGUUUACGGGUGGCCAAUGAUUGGCCUAACAGGGGCGAGAUCAUUUUUGAGAAUGUCUCUCUGCGCUACGAUGCGGACAGAAAUCCGGUGGUGAUAGAUUUAUCUUUGAGAAUACCGGCUGGGCAAAAGUUGGGCAUUUGUGGGAGAACCGGUAGCGGAAAAUCAUCGACUGUAAUGGCCCUCUUCCAACUGAUCCAGAUCAGUCAAGGACGCAUCUUGUUGGAUGGAAUUGACAUCCGGCAAGUGCCGCUUGGAGUAUUGCGAUCGCGGUUAUCGGCCAUACCGCAGGAUGCAAUAAUGUUUAGCGGCACGAUCAGAGAGAAUCUAGAUCCGUUUUCGGAAUACCAGGACCAAGAAAUCUGGCGAGCAUUGGAGCUUUCACAAAUCAAGGAUGUCAUAGCUUCGCAUCACGAAGGAUUGAGUCUCGAAGUGCGAGAAGGCGGCGAGAACUUCUCAGCCGGUCAGCUGCAACUGCUCUGCAUGGCACGUGCGAUCCUGCAGCGAUCGCGUAUCGUCGUCCUCGACGAGGCGACUGGCGCGCUUGAUAUUACCACCGAGAAAUCACUCCUAAAAGCGGCUGCUGUCGCUUUCGAGGACAGAACUGUGAUCACCAUCGCGCAUCGAGCGGCAGCUUUGUUAAAUUGCGAUCGUAUCGUUGUUUUCGACGAGGGCAAGAUCAUCGAGGAGGGCUCACCGGCAGAUUUGAUGCAAAGACAGAACGGAGUCUUUUCCGCGAUGAUCAGAGUAGUUGAGCAAGGCGGCGGACAACGAUGAGAAAAACCGCGAAAAGAUGUCAAUUACCUUCACUAAUACACAGUAUCGAUUUAAAAUAAAAAUUCGAAGACUGCUUUAGGGUAGGGUUACAAAGUUUAUAUAUACGUUGUAGGAAUAUACAAUAAUAUGUACAGGACGGAGCUUUAUUUUUUUAUAUUAAUCUUAUGCGUGUGACUAAUUUGCUAUUUUUAUACAAUGUCUUAAUUUUGUAUCGUGGAUGUAACUGAAAAUUGUAAUUUGUAAAUAUAUAUAAAAGCAAGUCCAAUUGUA